UUUCCCUUGGCUUUGGGGGAGGGGGGAGAAUCAUCCUCUAAGGGGUUACACGGAGAGAGUUUGCAUUCCUAGAGAGGCGACGAGGAAGACGGGUCCUCCUAGCUCCCUGGGAUGGUCUUGCAAAGGGGUUUGAAUUUCUUUGCAGCAGAAAACAAGAGAGGGGAGGAAGACCCAGCCUGGAAAGUCUCUUCCCAGGUGGAAGCUUGACACGCCUCCUUAGAUUGCUGAAAUUUAUUCUUAUUCUCAAGUUUCUACUUGUGGGUUGUUGUUUUUGGUGAAGCCCCUCAAAGAUGAAAAGGGGGGAUCAGAACCCCACAGGCCCCAGAUCGGGAGAGGUGUUGUCCCCAGGAACAGAAAAAAUCCCUCAUGUCCUCCAGGCUGGGAAUAUCCAGGAAUUUCUUAAACGAAUGCCAGGGGAGCAAAUCAAGCAAGAACCUAAUGAGAGUUCACUGGAGCUCUGGGAAGUCCAAUGGCAGGAGUUCCUGAAGACGGUGGAGUCUCCUUGCCCAGACUGGGCAUUUCCAGAGAAGUCCUCUCCGUGGGAUGAUGCCAAGGGCUUCCUGGCCUCCUUCGAGCAAGUGGCCGAAGCCUGCCAGUGGCCCCGGGAAGAGUGGGUGGCCCGACUCGUGCCGGCUCUCAGCGGAGAAGCCGAGCGGAACUUUCGCAGGCUCCAGGCCAGAGAGGAGGAUUAUGGGAUGGUGAAGGCGGCCAUCUUGCGAGGGGACGCCAUGAGCCGGGAGAGGAUCCGCCAGCACUUCAGGCGUUUCUCCUACCUGGAGGCCGAAGGGCCCAGAGUGGCUUACAUCCGACUUCAGGAACUUUGCUGCAAGUGGUUGAAAUUUGAACGGCAGUCCAAGGAGCAGAUCCUGGAGCUGCUGAUCCUGGAGCAGCUGCUGACUAUCUUGCCGUCCCACAUCCAGAGCUGGGUCAGAGAACGCGGGCCAGAGACCUGCUCCCAAGCGGUGGCCCUGGCUGAGGAUUUCCUGAAGAGGCAGGAAGUGGCCCAAAGCCAGGAAAGCCAGGGGCCAUUUGAGGAGGUGGCUGGGAGUUCAUCCGAGGGAGGCCGGCCUCCGUCUGUGGGCAAGCAGAGGCAGCUGUGCGUGGACACCAAGCCGGAAAAGGAUGAUGGAAAUGCUGGCCUGUUGGCAGCCAAAGGGUGGAUGACCAUCCACGAAGGGGAGGAAAACAUGCUGGAAGAUUCCAAAAUGGGAUCCCCACAUAGGACAUCAGUGUGGAAGACAGAGGAGACUUUUCCCCAGGAUUGUGUGGAGGAAACCACCUCGGCAAAUCGGGAAAGAGCAGAGUGUCAUCGGGAAACGUACCUGGUAGAGGAAGAAAACGGAUCGGAUUGUUCUGGGGGAGGUUUCCGAACCCCCGUUGAAACCCCUAGCACAGCCCUGACGGGGAUCAAUGUCGGUCAGAAACGAACCGCCUAUGGUUCUUAUGGCAGGAGCUCCGCCCUCCCUACGAGAACUCGCACGGGGAUAAAGCCAGUCAAAUGCCAAGUCUGUGGGAAAUACUUCCUGUGUAGCGCAAAGCUCCUUGUACAUCAACGAACCCAUGUCGGGGAGAGGCCCUACAAACGUUUCUAUUUCUGUAGCACUCAGCACUUGGGCCCGCCCAACGCGAGUGGCACCAUCCUCCACAAAAUGGUUCCUCGCAUUCGCGGCCAGCGGUGGGAAGGAAAAGAAGUAGUGGCCUUGCUGAACGGCAUCAAAGCGAGCCCCGCUCUGGCCCUUCUGAUGAGCAGCAGUUCCCAGAGAGGACAUCAACACUGGGAAAAAAUUAAGGACCAGCUCCAAGCUCAGGGCUACAUUAGGAACAUCGACCAGCUGCGAUCCAAGUGGAAACAGUUGAAGACGGACUUUUUUGCAGCUGGCCGGCCUGCCGCAGAAGGAAAGGAGAAGCCUGCUGUCAUCCCCCCUUACUUCAACCGGAUGCGGGGCGUGUGGGAUGCAGCAGGCCGACCCCCCUUCAAAGAUCGUCACCUGCCGGCUUCUUACCGGGCCCAGAGGCGUGAACUGGAGAGGUGCGAGGAAGAUGACGACUAUGAUGUGGAAGUGCAAGGCCCUUCCUUUUGCCCGAGGAUGAAAAUGGAAGAGCGAUAUCCUGCAGCCUGGAGACAAGGAGGGGCAUCAGAGGGGACAGGGAAAGACCCUUGUGUCCUCUUAAACGCUGCAGGCCGCAAACUCAGGAUGGAUUUGGAGGGAGGGAGUGAACUCCAUAAAGCAAUGCAUUCUGGGAGUUCUGAGGAAAACCUCAAAAGGACAAAUCCACAUCAGGUGAAGGAGGAAUCUGAAGAGGGCUUGGCCCGUUGCUGGGAAGCCCAGUGGCAGCAGUUUCUGAAGGCAGUGGAGUCCCCUUAUUCAGAAUGGGGAACCCCGCAGUUCCCAGAGGACCCCACUCCAUGGGAUGAUGCAAAGGCCUUCCUAGCCUCCUUCGAGCAAGUGGCUGAAGCCUGCCGGUGGCCCCGGGAGGAGUGGGUGGCCCGACUCCUGCCAGCCCUCAGGGGAGAAGCUGAGCAAACCUUUGAAAGAAUUGAGGCCAGAGACAGGGUGGAUUAUGGGAAAGUGAAGGUGGCCAUCUUGCGAGGGGACGCCAUGAGGAGGGAGAAGCUGCGUCAACAUUUCAGGCAUUUUUGCUACCAGGAGGCCAAAGGGCCCAGCGGAGCUUACAGCCAGCUCCAGGAGCUUUGCCAGGGUUGGCUGAAGGUGGAAAGGCACUCUAAGGAGCAGAUCCUAGAGCUGCUGAUCCUGGAGCAAUUCCUGGCCAUCCUUCCACUGGAGAUCCAGAGCUGGGUGAGGGAGCAUGGCCCAGAGACCUGUUACCAUGCAGUGGCCCUGGCUGAGGAUUUCCUGCAAAGGCAGCAAGAGGCCAACAACAAUCUCAAAAGCCAGGUUGCCUUCGUGAAGGAGGCUGCGGGUUCCACCAUGGCAGGCCAGGCUCCACCUGGGAUCAAGCAGAGACAGCAGUACUCCAAUGCCAAGCAUGAAGGUGAGGAGGAGGCGGCCAGCCUGUUAGCAGGUGAUGUGUGGGAGAGUGAAGACGAGGGGGAAAUACCUGGAAUGUCAUCAGAAACAGGCAAGUAUGAGGCACUGAAAGAGAACUACUGGAAUCAAGAUGGGUCAAAGAGGCAGGAGGCAAUCCACUUGGAGAAGGGGCAGGAUAAAGCCAUGCCUUGUCAGGAUGGGGACUUCCAUGAAAUCAUAGUUCAAGAAGAACAACAAAUGGAAACAAGAAGGAACAAGUGCCUGAGUGCGCAUUGGAGAAUCCACACAGGGGAGAAACCCAACAAAAGUUUAAAGUUUGGGAAGUGUUUUAGCCAGUGCAGAAAUGUUACUGAAUAUCAAGUGCUCCACUCAAGAGUGAAACCAUAUAAGUGCUUGGAAUGUGGAAAGAGUUUCAGUCAGAGCACACAUCUUACUUCACAUCAAAGAAUCCACACAGGGGAGAGACCAUAUAGUUGCCCAAAUUGUAGCAAGAGCUUCAAUCAGAGCACUAGCCUUAUUCAACAUCAAAGAAUUCACACAGGCGAGAAACCGUACAAAUGCACAGAGUGUGGAAAGAGUUUCCGUCAUAGUACAAGUCUUACAUCACAUCAGAGAAUCCAUACUGGGGAGAAACCAUAUAAGUGUUCUGAUUGUGGGAAGGGUUUUUGUAAUCAGUCUGGCCUUAUUAACCAUAAGACAAUUCACACAGGGGAGAGGCCAUAUAAAUGCUUGGAGUGUGGAAAAAGUUUCAGUCAGAGCACACAUCUUACUUCACAUCAAAGAAUCCACACAGGGGAGAGACCAUAUAAAUGCUCGGACUGUAACAAGACCUUUUGUGAUCAGUCAGGACUUGUUAAACAUCAAAGGAUUCACACAGGGCAGAAACCAUAUAAGUGCUUGGCAUGUGGGAAGAGCUUCAGUCAGAGCACAAAUCUUAUUAGACAUCAGAGAAUUCACACAGGGGGCAAAGCACCCUUAUUAACUUCCCCAUUCUCUUAGGGGAGUGGAUGAGGUCCUGUUCCAAAUGUCUUUGGUUUCCAAGGCCUAGGAGCUAAUUACAUGUAGCUGGGUCUUUUCCUCAGUUGCUUCUCCGCGAAACUCCCUGUGUAAUGCUUGUGGCUCAUUUAGUUUUAACUGUGCAGUUGAAUGGUUUUAAUUGCAUGGUUUAAUUAAUUAGUUGUAAUGAUGUGAAUAAUUUAAUUGUGUAUAUGUCAGCUGCCUAGGGCAGGGGUUUUCAACAGAGUACCCCACAAGUGUCAGUGUGCUCACUAGUACCUUCUGUUGUGCCCAUGAAAGGUUUCAGCAAAUAUCCCUUCAAAAAUCCAGAGUGCACAAGAUAAACUGUUUCCUGUUCCUGCUCAGUUCCUGUUUGCACUACCUCAGCCUCUCCUACACUGAACACACCUCCUUAAACUUACCCACAUUCCAUUUGAUGCUGGGAUUGGAUGCCUACCCUCCCUUUCCAUUCUGAACAGAGGUGCAAAGAGCUUCCGUCUAUGAGCAAACACAGAUGGUUGAUGUGGGUGCCUUUUUUUUUUCAUUGACACAGGGGCAUGCCUGCACCCUUUUGUGAUCCUGUCUCCUUUUCUGAUCCCCCCCCUGCUGUCAUUUUGUGUUACACCACAACCCCCAUGGCAGCCAUUUUGUGACUAACACCCACAAAACUUUCUCAAAAUUCCAAAUACGCCCACUGGCCCAAACAGGUUGCCAACCCCUGGCCUAGGGAAUCCUUCUGGUUGGAAAGUGGACUUGGAGUUGUUUGAGUGUGAGAAGUAUUUCAGUUGGAGCUCUCGUUUAAAUUCACAUGAAAGAACCUUCUUAGGAAACAAAGUUAAAUGAAGCUUUCCCCCAACCUCACUGACAGCACUAUCACGGCUGCUGUCUUACUAGAUCUAUGGGCAUUGUCACAACAACAGGGAAGCCAUCUUAAUUGCUCUGACUGAAGCUUUGGGGAUCAACAGGCAGGAUUACACAGUGGGGAAACCAUACAUGACCAUGGUGGAAACUUGGACUGACAAGCAAGGGAGACUGAGAAGGGUGGAAACUAUUUAGAAGGGUCCUAUUGUUUUUCAGUCAUUCAGUUGAAAUUAAACUGUGACAGUCACUGCGGCUGUUUUUGAGAUCCA